AUGGCGUCCGUCGAUAAAAAACGUAAAAUUGAUUCUGAAAAUCGUAUUUUUAAAAGUUCGUGGACAGAAAGUUAUUUUGUUGUGCAGCAAGCCGAUGUUAUUUUGUGCCUCAUUUGUCAAGAAACAAUUGCCGUUCACAAGGAAAAUAACAUCAAGAAACAUUACUGCUCUAAACAUAGCAGUAAAUUUGAUGGUGUGGUGGGCCAAACACGAACUGAUCGCAUCAACUCGAUGAAACAGGAAAUUGUUGCCCAACAGUUAUUGUUUAAAAUUGGCAACCAGAGUGCCGAAGGAGUCUAUGUUGGGUGA